AUGUCUGCGAACCAACCCAUCGCUGUAGGCGACUCCAAAGGCCCAACCGCCGACGCCGUCCAAACCUCGUCGGCCUCUGCAACCACCAACCAAGAUGCCGCCGUCAGCCAAGGCAUUCACACCCUCGAGGUCAAGUCUGUCCACUGGUACAGCUACUUGACCACAGUCGACUUCUGGGUUGUCCUCGCUCUCGGACAGGUUCUUGCUCUGUGCAUCACCGCCACCAACACCUUUACCAGCUUCCUCGCCAAUGCGGGCACCAACAUCCCCGCCUUCCAGACCGUCUUCAACUACAUCCUCAUGUUCCUCAUCUACACUCCCGUCUUUCUUUACAAAGAUGGUAUUAGUGGUUGGUGGAAGAUUGCUGUCAAGGAUGGCUGGAAGUAUCUCAUCAUGGCGUUCCUGGACGUUGAGGGAAACUACUUUACUGUUUUGGCCUACCGAUACACCAACGUCUUGUCUGCCCAGCUCAUCAACUUCUGGGCCAUCGUCUGUGUCGUUGUCAUUUCCUUCUUCCUUCUCAAGGUCCGCUACAGAAUCUUCCAGAUCAUUGGUAUCUUGGUCUGCUGUGGUGGUAUGGGUAUCCUGAUUGGCAGUGAUCACAUCAGCGGUACCAACGGUGGUAGCGGUCUUGACAUGGUCAAGGGUGACUUGUUCGCCCUUCUCGGUGCUACUCUCUACGGUACCACCAACGUGUUUGAGGAGUGGCUCGUGUCUCGAGCUCACUUGUACCACGUCUUGUCUUUCCUGGGUCUGUUUGGCAUGUGUAUCAACGGAGUCCAGGCCGCCAUCUUUGACCGUGAGUCUUUCGAUAACGCUACCUGGAACGGUAAGGUUAUCGGCUGGAUCGUCGGUUACACUCUGUGCCUGAACCUUUUCUACAUUCUCGUCCCCAUCAUGCUGCGCAUGGGAAGUGCGGCGUUCCUCAACAUUUCGUUGCUGACUGCCAACUUCUGGGGCGUCAUUAUCGGAAUCAGGGUCUUUGGCUACACAAUUCACUUCCUGUACCCCAUCGCUUUUGUUCUUAUCAUCAUUGGACAGCUUAUCUACUUUGUCACUGGUAGCAUGCUCAGUGAUUCCAAGAAGCCUUGGUUGGGUGAUAACCAGGAGGGUGGUGUUUUGGGUUUCGGUACUGCCAAGCUCAAGGCUCUCAAUGCUGCGCGCAAGGCCCAGAUGGAGUCUGAGACUGGCAACAACGAGUCUUAG